UGCACACACAAAAUUGAUAUCAAUGUCUCCAUUGAUUAUUGGCUUUGCUACUAUUGUAGCAGCCAUCUUCAUUUACCGGCUAUUUAAGAUCAUAACUGGGCCUUCAUUGCCAUUGCCACCGGGCCCAAAGCCAUGGCCCGUUGUGGGAAACUUGCCCCAUAUGGGCCAUGUGCCACACCACUCGCUCGCAGCCUUGGCUCAAACCCAUGGGCCUCUUAUGCACCUUCGCUUGGGUUUCGUUGACGUGGUGGUAGCGUCUUCGGCCUCCGUGGCUGAACAGUUCUUCAAGGUUCACGACGCCAAUUUCUCUAACAGGCCCACAAAUUCCACCAUUAAAUGCUUAUCCUUUAACCAUGCAGACCUUACUUUUGCUACCUAUGGUCCACGGUGGCGCUACCUAAGGAAACUAUGCUCCGUUCACUUGUUCUCUGCCAAGGCUGUGGACGAUUUUAGACUCAUGCGACAAGAAGAGGUAGCAAGAUUGACACACAAUUUAGCAAAUUCAAGCUCCAAAGCAGUGAACUUGGCACAGCUACUGAAUGUUUGCACCACCAAUACACUGUCUAGGGUAAUGAUAGGUCGACGAAUUUUCAAUGACGACAACGGUGGCAAUGAUCCUAAAGCAAAUGAGUUUAAAUCUAUGGUACUGGAACUUAUGGUAUUGCUCGGAGUUUUCAAUAUUAGUGACUUCAUUCCUGCCUUGGAGUGGCUAGACCUUCAAAAAAUGCAAGUCAAGGUGAAGAAAUUACAGGAGAGAUUUGAUGCAUUUUUAACUAGCUUAAUUGAGGAACAUAAGAUUUCCAAGAGUGAGAAACACCAAGACUUGUUGAGUACAUUGCUCUCACUUAAAGAUGCUUCCGAGGAUGGCGAUAAAAUCACUCAUAUGGAAAUCAAGGCGCUACUUUUGAACAUGUUUGCCGCUGGGACGGACACAUCAUCAAGCACAAUAGAGUGGACAAUUGCAGAAUUGAUCAGGAACAAAAGAAUUAUGGUUCGUCUCCAACAAGAGUUAGACACUGUUGUGGGCCAUGAUAGGCUUGUCACCGAAUUGGACUUGCCCCACCUUCCUUACUUGGAGGCUGUGGUGAAGGAAGCAUUUCGUCUACACCCACCAACCCCUCUCUCUGUCCCACGGAUUGCAGCUAAGAGUUGUGAAAUCUUUGGGUACCAUAUUCCCAAAGGUGCAACUCUCUUAGUCAAUGUUUGGGCCAUAUCACGCGAUCCUAAGGAAUGGUCUGACCCAUUAAAUUUUCAGCCCGAAAGGUUCCUACCAGGUGGUGAGAAGGCUAAUGUUGAUGUUAGGGGCAAUAACUUUGAGGUUAUACCCUUUGGUGCUGGGCGUAGAAUAUGUGCUGGUAUGAACUUGGGCAUAAGGAUGGUUCAGUUGCUCAUUGCUACCCUGGCCCAUGCAUUUGAUUGGGAGAUUGAGAAUGGGCUUCAUCCUCAAAAACUCAACAUGGAUGAAGCUUAUGGGUUUACUCUACAAAGAGCAGUGCCCCUUUCGGUCCAUCCUCAUCGUAGGCUCUCCCCACAUGUGUACUCAUCAUCAUCGUUGUGAUUUCAAGUUUAAAUUCUCUCUUGUAA